AUGUCAUCACUGCGAACGUUUGUGUUGAUGCGCCCUCCAAGACUCAAAGCCGAACAUAUAGAUACCGUUUUUAAGUCAUACAAGGGGACGAGCCUGGACGUUGUUCUGGUCGACGUCAACUCAGAUCACAAGACACCUCCUGGAACCCGGAAUUGGAAGGAUGAUGAUACUGUGCGAAUCUGGGAAGCUGAUGUGCCUGUCAGCUUCUAUGGCGACGACGAUGAUGUCGUGUUAUGCGACAACUGGAUCUGGACACAUGGUGUGAAGGGUACGCUGUGGACCCAGGAAAAGCGGCGCAUGGCAUCUUGGGAGGAGAUAGAGCGGAGACUUGCGGGUCAUAUCAUCCCACCACUCAUCGUUCCCGUCUCCGCCCUCCUGUCCAUCCUUGCUGCUCAGAUGCGCAGCUCCCACGUUGGCGACGACAAUGUCCAAAGUCCCAAAUGCGGCUUUGGCGGCGGAGAAGAGGCGUACUACGGACGAGGAGCGUGUUGUGUCGCAAGCUAUGGUGAGAAUUUUACAGAUGGGGUUGAUAAGUUUGAGGGCGGCAGCUAG